AUGUUUUUUAUAAUUAUUUUACAACUUCCUCAAUAUUAUACUCUUCAGUCGCCGAUAAACAUUGACCUUUCACGAACAAUUCGACCAAGUAGAAAGAACAUAAUUUCAUUUCACAAUUACAACAAGCCACCAAAAACUGGGGAAACCUAUACAUUUAGUAACGAUGGACACACGCUUGUUAUUGAUAUUCCAGAAAGCACUCUCUAUUAUUUAAAGAAAGGUGGAAAUAAAUUCGUGCCAAUCCAAGCGCAUAUCCACUUUGGCUCACCUAUAAAAAAAGGAUCCGAGCAUUCGUUAAAUAGAAAGUUUUUUCAAGGCGAGAUGCACCUUGUUCAUCGAAAUGCAAAGUACAAGCUGGCAGAAGUGUCUCAACACAGUGAUGGGCUGCUUGUCAUAGGAGUGUUUGUGAAACUAACAGUACGGAGAAGGUCGAGUUCAAUCUUUUCGCAGUUAGGUGGUCAUGCGGGUGAACUUAAUCAACAAGGGAACAGUGUAGAGGUCCCGGCAUUUCCUUUGGCCAAUUUUUUACCAUGCCGUGCUAACUUGAAACGUACACCAUAUGUCAACUACCGUGGCUCGUUGACCACACCACCAUGCACUGAGAAUGUUGAUUGGGUUGUACUCACCAGUCGUGUGCAUACAAUUAACCUCCGAGAUGUAAGCAACUUUGUUCAUGUUUUUUUUGCAAGUGUAAACUCUCAACCUUUUAAAACUGUACAAAAUUAAGCAACAAGAUAACAUUUUGAUCGCUUU